AUGGCUAAACACACCCCAACAUCUUCUCUCCAAACCCACCUCCACCUCUUCCUCCUUCUCCUCCUCCUCCUCCUCCUCCGCCAUGCCAACUCCCAAUCCCUCCAAGACCAAGAACAAGCAGUCCUUCUGAAACUCAAGUCCUACUUACAGUCUCCACCAUUUCUCAGCCAUUGGAUCCCAUCAAACUCAAACACUUCUUCCCACUGCUCCUGGCCUGAAAUUUCCUGCACAAACAACUCCGUCACUGGAUUGUCUCUCGUCAACUUGAACAUAACCCUGCCGGUUCCACCCUUCAUCUGUGAUCUCACAAACCUCACACACGUCGAUCUCAGCUACAACUACCUCCCCGGAGAGUUCCCAAAAUCUCUCUACAAGUGUUCCAAGCUAGAAUACUUGGACCUCUCACAAAACUACUUUGUAGGCCCGAUUCCUGAUGACAUCGACAGCCUGCCCCGGCUUAAGCAGCUUAUCCUCGGCGGAAACAACUUCUCCGAUAUUCCUCCCGCGAUAGGGCGGUUGCAAGAGCUCGAGAAUCUUCAGCUGUGGAUGAACCAGUUCAAUGGCUCUGUCCCACCAGAAAUAGGUAACUUGUCCAAUCUCAAAGACCUAAACAUGUCUUUCAACAUAAAACUUGUGCCUUGGACCCUGCCUUCCAGUUUCAACAAGUUGAAAAAGCUCAAGAAUUUAUUGAUACGCCAAUCGAACUUGAUUCGAGAGCUUCCUGAGACACUUGGGGAGAUGGAAGCAUUGGAAAACAAUCUUUCCGGGGAGGUCCCUCAAGUGAUUGGGUCAUGGAACUUGAGCAUUCUUGAUAUCUCUGAGAACACUUUAACAGGGACAAUACCAGAAGAGUACGGCAAUCUUACCAAAUUAACAGAGUUGGCCUUGUUUCUCAAUGAUUUUUCGGGUGAAAUUCCGAAGAGCAUUGGCCGCCUGCCAAACCUCAGAAAAUUCAGAAUGUUCAACAACAAUUUUUCAGGAACAUUGGCUCCAGAGUUUGGGAAGUACUCGAAGCUCGAAGCUUUUGAAGUUUGCGUCAAUAGGCUAACAGGAAAACUGCCAGACGAUUUGUGCUAUUGGGGUAAGCUGGAAGACAUUGUAACUUAUGGGAAUUAUCUGAGUGGAGAAUUGCCAAGCACUCUUGGAAAUUGCAGCAGUUUGAAGAUUGUCAAGGUUCAAGAUAAUAUGCUGUCUGGAAACAUUCCUAGCGGUAUGUGGACGGCGCCAAACUUGACUACUGUGCUGGUGAGCAACAACUCGCUUACUGGCAAGCUUCCUGAGAAGAUGUCAUCGAAUCUUUCGCGGUUGGAAAUGAGAGACAACAGAUUUUCGGGCAACAUUCCAAUCGGGGUGUCUUCCUGGACAGGUUUGAAGGUUUUUGACGCCGGUAAUAACCACUUUAGCGGUGCUGUUCCUCAGGAGUUAACCGCGCUUUCUAGUUUAAUGACUCUUUCUCUUGAUCAGAAUCAGCUCACUGGCUCCCUUCCAUCGGAUAUUGUGUCGUGGGAGUCACUCGCUAGUCUGAAUUUCAGUCGAAAUCAGCUCUCUGGAACAAUUCCUGAGAAACUUGGUCUUCUGCCGGGACUUACUGAAUUAGACCUUUCAGCAAACCAACUUUCUGGCGAAAUUCCAGAUCAACUCGGGCGUCUGAAGCUCAACCAAUUCAAUCUCUCUUCCAAUCACCUCUCCGGGGAGAUCCCUAUCGAAUUUGAAAACGCUGCGUAUGAAGGAAGCUUCUUGGACAAUCGAGGCCUCUGCACAUCUAGCUCAGCGGCAAUAAAGCUCUCCAUAUGCAAUUCUGAAUCCCGAAAGUCCAAGUUUACUGCAACAGAAAUAGUGAUUCUAACUGGAAGCUCAACAAAUUUCAGAGUUUGA